CUCUCUCUCUCUCUCUCUCUCUCUUUCAAACACCUCUCUCACUCUCUUGGAAAGCUCUGAAUGACACGCUUCUCUCUUUCUCGGUCUUUAACCCAUUCUGCCUUGGAGGAUCAUUUGGAAAUGGCGCUUUCUGCCUUAGACUCCUCUGUAACAUUCUCGGGAGACGGAGUGAAGAAGAUCAGAAAGCUUUACACAACCACUAAAUCAAGGGAAAUCUGGACUGGGGAGGAGCACGAUAAGUUUCUUGAAGCUCUGCAAUUAUUUGACCGCGACUGGAAAAAAAUUGAAGCAUUUGUUGGUUCAAAAACUGUUAUUCAGAUUCGGAGCCAUGCACAAAAGUACUUUUUAAAGGUUCAGAAGAAUGGUACAAGUCAACAUGUGCCCCCUCCUAGACUCAAGAGGAAAGUGGCUCAUCCAUACCCUCGAAAAGCCUCCAAGAAUGGUCAUAAUAGUGAUUUGAUGCCAGUACAUGUCUUUCAAGCUUUUUCUCCUGCACUGGGUCGAGAUCACCCUGGUUAUGUUCAGCAGGAAGCCUCAUCUUCCUCACAUGUGAAAACUGCCCAAACCUCACCUGAAGCUUCUGGAAGUUCAGGGUCGGUAAGUAAGUGCCAUUUUGAUGGUUUUAGAAGCAGGCAAAGCACUUGGUCAGAUUGCGGAACAUCUGAUCCAGGAAAUCAGAGUUCAUCACUGCAAGGUACUCUAGACUUCUCUCAAGUGUACAGUUUCAUCGGCGGCAUAUUUGACCCACAUGUGAGUGGUCAUUUGCAGAAACUGAAGGAGAUGGAUUCUGUAAAUGUUGAAACAGUUUUAUUAUUGAUGAGGAACCUCUUCAUCAAUUUGUCCAAUCUUAAUUUUAAGGAGCAUGAAAUGUUGUUGAAAAGGUACAAUGAUAAUGAUGAUAAAGCUGGUGGUGCUGCAGAAAACCAGGGCAAUAACUUUGAACACCUUCUAAUGGAUUGCUGACAGCUUCACCAAUUUACAUUUAUGGCUAUAUGCAAAAAAGUAUAAAAAGAUUGGCACCAACUGCAACAGGGAAAUUGGAUUAAAAAAAGGUAUGUGCUCUCUAUCUGAUCCUUUUUUUUUUAUAUUUUCUCUAUUCUGGGAUUUGCCUUUUGAAUCCAACAUAUGUACUAAAAGGUCGGCCGCCUUUGCCCCAUAAGACGAUCCGCCUAGGCUUCUAACUUAGGGUGGCCCUCCUUAUGUGGGCUUGUGAUGCACCGAGGCGAUAUAGUUGCUGAGAGCUUUUCAUCAACUUUCAUGUUUGGCUUGUUAUUGGUUUUUUAAUGAAAUUUUGAAUGUUGAAUUUGAUACCCUCAUUCAUUUCUUUUUUAAUUUCUUAAUGAUGAAUAUAUAUUUGGAAAUUGCUGCUCUUGUAUUAAUCACUGUGACAGUACUGUCAACUGAAUCACCUAAUUGAGCAUGUACAAAGUUUCCAAAAUCCAUAUACAAUACUUUAUGCAGUAGUAAUACUAGUAUCGCUCUGUAAUCCCGUGGUCAGUUGAGGGCCGCUUACUGCAUGCUUAAGUUUGAUUUUGUAUAGACCAGAAUUGUGU